GCCCCCACCCCCCGGGACGAAGAGUCGCACGCGUGAUGUGUGGGACAUAAUGGUGGAUAGGUAGGGUAACACACUUUAGCUCGCGAAGAGUAGCUCGUCAAGCUGUUGUUGAUCAGUUUUCCCACUCGUCGUCUUGGACUCUUCGGCUUGCCUCUGACUCGACAGCCGCUGCCCUGCUCGGACUAAACGACGCCCUGGACCGCAAAAAAAUGCCGAAUAUUAAAAUAUUCAGCGGUAGCUCGCAUCCGGACCUGUCUCAGAAAAUAGCAGACCGCCUGGGUCUGGAGCUCGGGAAGGUUGUGACCAAGAAAUUCAGCAACCAAGAAACGUGUGUGGAGAUAGGGGAGAGCGUCCGUGGAGAAGACGUCUACAUCGUCCAGAGUGGCUGUGGGGAGAUCAAUGACAAUUUGAUGGAGCUCCUCAUAAUGAUUAACGCCUGCAAGAUUGCCUCUGCCUCCAGGGUCACGGCUGUCAUCCCUUGCUUUCCGUACGCGCGUCAAGACAAGAAGGACAAGGUGGGGAGCCGUGCGCCCAUCUCUGCCAAGUUGGUGGCCAACAUGCUGUCGGUGUCAGGCGCGGACCACAUAAUCACUAUGGACUUGCACGCCUCACAGAUACAGGGAUUCUUUGAUAUUCCUGUUGAUAACCUGUAUGCAGAGCCAGCUGUGCUGAAAUGGAUUAAAGAGAACAUCCCUGAAUGGAAAAACUGUACCAUUGUCUCACCUGACGCAGGAGGAGCCAAGAGGGUCACCUCAAUAGCAGACAGGUUGAAUGUGGAUUUUGCUCUUAUCCACAAGGAGAGGAAAAAGGCAAAUGAGGUGGACCGCAUGGUACUUGUCGGAGAUGUGACGGAUCGGGUUGCCAUUCUAGUCGAUGACAUGGCUGACACAUGUGGUACAAUCUGCCAUGCUGCUGACAAAUUAAUUUCUGCUGGUGCCACCAAGGUGUAUGCCAUCCUAACCCAUGGCAUCUUCUCUGGCCCAGCUAUCUCACGCAUCAACAAUGCUUGCUUUGAAGCUGUGGUGGUCACUAAUACAAUCCCUCAGGAGGAGAAAAUGAAGCAUUGUCCCAAAAUACAGGUUAUUGACAUCUCAAUGAUCCUCGCAGAGGCAAUCCGUAGAACUCACAACGGCGAAUCCGUGUCGUACCUGUUCAGCCAUGUCCCCUUGUAACAAAUGGAAUCUACCAUCUACUGUGUGCUGUUACACCAAAUAAGACGAGAGAGGGACUUCCCCGAACCCAAACACAACCAUUAGCAAAGCUGUUCUGCUAACUAACAUGGAAGAAAGAGAAUGAACUGUCGUGUCUGUUACUAAUGCUGACCCCACUCAGUCCCUACCCUCUUGAGCAGUGUCCGUUCACGUUUGGGGCACCAAAGCAAUCGCAAGCUACCAAAUUAGGCCAGCAUAUUUAUUGUACUUGGGUAAAUAAGUGUUUAUCCGCUGUGAACUUGUUCCCCUUUCAUAACAUAUAGUUUCUUCUGACCAUUUCACCUCCAAGAUGUGGUUUGAAUCUGUCGUCAUAGAGCUCAUAUAUAUAUCUCUGGCGGGUUCUGGUGGUUAAGAGAAGCAUCUGCUAUAUAAAGCUGUUACAACAUGAAUGAGUUUGCUGUUGCUCUUUUUCUCUUCUGUUUCAAAGACAAGUAAUUAAGUGAAUGUGUAUUGAACUAGUUUACAGUGCCACUGAAGCUCCACUCAACCAAGAGCGCCUCAACAGACUGAAAUGAAAUGAUUUUUUUCCCUCCAGUCCAACUCCCCAACUCCUAUUUAGCUGUUUAUUUUCCCCACUGUAUCAGGCUGUAGAAAAUAUUUCGGGAUGUUUCUUUCAGCUCUUGAGGCGCCCUUAUUGAGUGUUGUUUGCCCAGUGUCCAGGGUUUACCCUUCGAGGUUCUGCGUUGACGGCUUUUCUAUAGAGAAGCUGUCGGGUUUUUAGUUUGGGGUCUCUGCAGGCUGGAGCUUCCGUCAGAAAUGUUCACCUGCUUAUUUUUAUUUUUUUUUUCAUUUUGGUCUUUUUGUAUGUCUCAAGGAAGAAAAUGUCAAUGUUCAAAUCUUUGUGUUUUACUUUUUCAGUAGGAUGAAUGCGCCAGUUAUCCGAGGAUGCAUUCAUAAUAAAAAUUAAAUAUGCGCAAACUCUUACACCUGA